CGCAAGGCCCAAAACAGAGCAGCCCAGCGAGCAUUCCGAGAACGCAAAGAACGGCAUCUGCGUGAUCUCGAAAACACAAUCAGGACCCUGAGAGAACUACGCCAGGCUAAUCUAAAACAACACCGCCAAACAAAAAAAGAACUCGAUGCAACAAAGGCCGAGAACUGGUAUCUCAAA